CUUUGACAUAAUUAGCCAGAAAUCCAACGGAGAAAGAAACGCGAUACACCAAUGGAAGUACAAUAUUUGUGGGAGCUGCGUGGCUAUUGUCGCGUUUAAAUUAAGCGAUGAAAUAGUAUGACGAGGCCAGAUGAUCGAAUCUGACGUUUCUCGACGUGAGAUGUCAUCAACCUUGGACGACGCGUUUUUAACCUCUAACGCAUGACAUGAUUCCCCGUUUCAUACAGAUUUAACACAGAAUUUCAUUGCUACGUCUGCUACGUUAUUGCGAUAAUGUGCAAGGUGGACAUGGUCGAGAUUGAAUCGUUCGUGCAGUCAGAAAUUUAUAUUUAACUAGCUAUGGAGAAAGAUCAGAUCUACUCGGAGUUGAUCAUGAAGAAGGAACGCGACGAGGACACUUGUAAGGAAGGACGACGCUCCGCCGAGAGCGAAAAGAGCAUCACUCCUGACGCGACGUCGAUCGGGAUACGACCGAAGCCCUUGAUUUGCAAACCGGAAAAUGUGAGCAUUGGCUGCAAAUCCGAACCGAUCGAGACGAAAUGUUACUGGGCACCAGGAGCAUGGCAAGACGCGACCAGGACCAGCGCGUUCCAACCGUAUAAGCCACCCACUCUGCUCACAAAUCUGCAAAGAGGCAACACUCAAACACAGAUACACCAACUCUACAUAGGAAACGAUAUCACCUUUCAUACUUUGGCGGGUCAGGGAGAACUUACAUCCGAUCAUAUACACUCAAAUUCAGUGGAUAUGACUGAUGAAAAGGGUCUAACAGGAUUAAUGUGGGCCUGUGCUUAUGGACAAUUAGGUAGUGCCAGGCAAUUGCUUAAAUGGGGCGCCAAUAUAAAUCGUAGUGGACCACAAUUACAGACUAGUCUACACUUGGCGGCCGCCUAUGGUCAUCACGAUGUUGUCAAACUAUUAUUGAAUCAUGGUGCUGAUCCUAAUGCAUGCGACGAGGAUGGUAAUACUCCUUUAAUAUAUGGAGCACAUUUCGAUCAUCCACACGUAUGUUAUGAAUUGUUAACAAAAGGUGCAGAUGUAACGCUUACCAAUUCUUCAAACAUAAGUGCUUACAAAGCAGCAGUAAUGAAUAAUUCAAUGAGUGCUAAAGCGGUUAUUGAGAACCAUUUAAUACCACAAAUUAUAAGUAUGGCAACAGAUGAUUUGUAAAAAUAUAUUAAAUUGUACAUACAAUAUUUGUAUAUUAUAUACAUUUCUAUAAAUUGUAAAUAAACGUUGAAAAACAGCAAUAUUUUCAUUGUUUAUUGAUUCAACAAA